AUCCCCUGUAGGGUGCCAGCUGUGACUUCUUAUACUUUAGCAGCCCGUGGAUUGUCAACAACAGCAUGUCUUUGUAAAAACAGGAAAUCUGGGAUUCCAAAAAUCACACAGUUCAGGACAAAGCCCCUCACAUACGAGCAAGCCCAGGCACCAUUCAACAUUUAUGUUAGAAAGGGCUGGUUGUCAUGGAACACAAGUAAUCUUUAUGGUGAGGGAAGGAAAGCAGAAACAGCUUUUGAAGAUUUCCUAAUCCGCAAAUUUAUGUUCGGAACGUGGCAUACAAACCUUGUGUCAGAAGUGGUUAUCAAGAGGCGGCAAAAUAUCAUUGUGUUAUCUUUCCUUGUUUCCAUGGAAAGAUUGCUGGCCAGGCAGGUCUACUUUCUCCAGGGCUACACGGAAGAACUGUUGACCACCUGGUUGAAGUGCCCGGUCAAGGUGGAGCUUCAGACAGUUGAUUCGUUUGAUGAUGUUGUAUUUAAAAAGAUUUAA